UUCCUCCUCUGCAGCAGAAAUUAGAUUUCAUGACUUGGUUGUUUUGUCCUCAGACUUUAGGUUCAGAUGAGUCAUUCUGAACCUCGUUGAUAAAAUGUUGUAUAAUAUUUAAUAUUAUAUAACUAAUAUAAUAAUAAUACUUCUGUUUGUUUCUCUUCCAGCUGGUUAAAACCAACAGGAGGAAGGUUUCUGUGCAGUCAUGCAGAAGGUGGAGGGACGGGGGACUCCGGUCAACCUGCCGUCAUCCAGGGGCCCGAGCACCCCGGGGACUCCUGCUACUGGCAUCAUGGCGCGAGUGAACGACCAGGUGGUCGGCUACAGAGACCUGGCAGCUCUGCCCAGAGAUAAAGCUAUCCUUCAGGUGGAGAGACCCGACCUGAUGACCUACCAACCACACCUCACCUUCUCCCCCCUCGACCCGCCCCGCAGACAACGGUCUCUAUCUCCUCCUGCCUCGUCUCCUACCAUGUCUCCUGAGGUGAAGGAACGCAGAGCAGAGAGUGACAGCGGCUCACCUGGAGGAUCAACGCUGACUCUGCAGGGUGGACGCAAGAUCAGUGGAAGCCAGCAGCACUUCCACAGACCAGAUAACGGAGCAAAUAUCUACAGGAAACCUCCCAUCUACAAACAUGAGGUUAACAAACAUGUCGAAGGCGUCAUUCAGUCAGCAAAGUUUCCAGCUGCUCAGCCUCCAGAUCCAAACCUGCCGUCCAAGAUAGAGACCGAGUAUUGGCCCUGCCCCCCCUCACUGGCUGCCAUGGAGAUCGAGUGGAGGAAGAAGAAGGAGCUGCAGGAGGAAGACGAGUUUGAAGACCUGACAGGAGAAGCUGAGAUCCUGCAGGAACAAGCUCUAGAAAAGAUCAAGUCCAACCUGGGUCGCCUCAUCCUGAAGGAGGAGAAAGAGAAGGCCGGUCACUGUCGGAGGAAGACGCAGUCGCUGCCGGACAGAUCGCACAUGCACACCAGUUUGUCAGCUGGUGCAUCAAAGUCUCCUUCACACUCCGGCCCGGCUCUGACCAGAAUGCAGUCUGCAGAGUUCUCCACAGACAGAGAUAAAAGAGAAGCAGGUAGAAGUUCUACCCUGAAGCGUUCAGUUUUACAGAGUUACACAAAUGCAUCACGAAUAAAGGAAAUGCAACGUAUCCUUCAAAGAGUAGAAACAGUACUGAUACCUGCAGUACAGUAGCAACAGUACUAAUACCUACAAUACAGUAGCAACAGUACUGAUACCUACAAUACAGUAGAAACAGUACUGAUACCUACAGUACAGUAGUAACAGUACUAAUACCUACAAUACAGUAGAAACAGUACUGAUACCUACAGUACAGUAGCAACAGUACUAAUACCUACAAUACAGUAGAAACAGUACUGAUACCUACAGUACAGUAGUAACAGUACUAAUACCAACAGUACUAAUACCUGCAGUACAGUAGCAACAGUACUAAUACCUACAAUACAGUAGCAACAGUACUGAUACCUGCAGUACAGUAGUAACAGUACUGAUACCUGCAGUACAGUAGUAACAGUACUGAUACCUACAAUACAGUAGCAACAGUACUGAUACCUACAGUACAGUAGCAACAGUACUAAUACCUACAAUACAGUAGCAACAGUACUAAUACCAACAGUACUAAUACCUGCAGUACAGUAGCAACAGUACUAAUACCUACAAUACAGUAGAAACAGUACUGAUACCUACAAUACAGUAGUAACAGUACUAAUACCAACAGUACUAAUACCUGCAGUACAGUAGCAACAGUACUAAUACCUACAAUACAGUAGAAACAGUACUGAUACCUACAGUACAGUAGUAACAGUACUAAU